GGUAUAUCUUGUUUUUUAGACAUUUGCAACAUAAUUUAAUUUUGAGUUAACUCAAACUGGAAACCAUUUGGAAAUGGAACGGACCUCUUAUGGGAAUGAAUUAAAACUACCUUCUUGCUCAGAGUUGCUCUGAGUGAUUCCUCCUGUUUCCCUGCUCCUCUGUAGUAAGCACAAUUACCCUGUUCCUGUUCUUGCUCCCCACCCAUUCCCUUCUAACACCACAAAUAUGUCCUUAGGUAUUUUUCUAGAAAGAAUUAUGCAAUAUUUGAGGCAGAAUAAGAAAUUGCAUUUAUUAAUUGUCUGCUGUCUGCCAUGUCAAUCAAAUAAAAACAACUAUUUUUUUACUACAGUUGUCUUAGUUCCUCUUUUUUCUGUUUUACUGUUGAAAUUUUGUAUACAGGAUAAUUAGUUAUGAACAACAAACAUCUGCGAGCAACUGUGAAGAGCAAGCAGAACCACUGCUGCUGGAAUCCAGUAUCCAUGGCUUCUGUAUUCUAUGUUUUAUCUGAAAGUUAUCGUGGUACAGGUAGUUGGUUCUCAAAUUAGACACUUCAAACAACUUCCUUUAGUUGCAAAGGGGAUGAGCUUCCUGCCCAGAGGCUCUUUCUGGAGAAGCCUCUCUCUAUACAAAGAGAAAAAAAAAAUUAUUGUGUGAAGUUGCAACCCUCUUACUUAUCUGUUUCUUGUCAGAAAUUCAGUUCUCAUAAAUAGGCUGUGUUUAAUGCAUGUUCUGCAGAAAAUCUGCUGGACAGGACUUGGAGCAACCUGCUCUAGUGGAAGGUCACCCUGCCCAUCGGGAACUGGAUGGACUUUAAGGUCCCUUGUAAUCCAAAUCAUCUCAUGAUUCUGUGAUUCUGUGAUAAUCAUGUCUCCAUCAGGAUUUUUGAGUACCUUGAGUGCAUAAGCAAUAUCUUUCCAUAUCUAUUUGUUGAAAAAAUAUGAUGAGAUUAACUGUGAAUUAUGAACCUGGACUGCAAGAUCCCUGUUAGGAAGGUGGCAGCAGGAGAGGACAGGGAGUCCCUGAUGCGCUGACGGUUGCCAUGUCUGGGAAGCACUGGCCCCCCGGGACGCAGUGUGUCACCAAGCAUGACCACAGCAAGCCCAAGCCCCGGGAGCUGGCCUUCCGCAAGGGUGACAUGGUCACCAUCAUCGAGGCCGUGGAGGGCAAAGGCUGGUACCGCGCCAGGCACAACGAGACAGGGCAGGAGGGGCUGCUGGCAGCCAGUGCACUGCGGGAGCGUGGGGCCAUCCGCGCCGACCCCAAACUCAGCCUGAUGCCAUGGUUCCAUGGGAAGAUCUCAGGGAUGGAGGCAGUGCAGGAGCUGCAGCCCCCUGAGGACGGGCUGUUCCUGGUGCGUGAGUCUGUCCGGCACCCUGGUGAUUACGUGCUGUGUGUGAGCUUUGGCAAGGAGGUGAUCCACUACCGCGUGGUGCACGAGGAGAACACGCUCAGCAUCGACAGCCAGCAGUACUUCUCCAACCUCAUUGACAUGAUUGAGCAUUACAUGAAGGAGCAGGGAGCCAUCUGCACCAAGCUGGUGAAGCCCAAACCAAAAUCUGGGAUGAAGUCAGCUGAGGAGGAGUUGGCCAAAGCUGGCUGGUUGCUGAACCUGAAGCACCUCACACUUGGAGACCGCAUUGGGCAAGGCGAGUUCGGAGAUGUCCUGCAGGGUGAGUACAUGGGGCAGAGGGUGGCUGUGAAGAACAUCAAGUGUGAUGUGACUGCCCAGGCCUUCCUUGCUGAAACAGCUGCCAUGACGAAGGUCCGGCACAAAAACCUUGUGUGCUUGCUGGGAGUGAUCCUGCACAAUGGCCUCUACAUUGUCAUGGAGUUCAUGAGCAAGGGCAACCUGGUGAACUUCCUGCGCACACGGGGCCGGGCGCUCGUCUCGACCCAGCAGCUCCUCUUGUUCGCCCUGGAUGUGGCUCAAGGCAUGGACUACCUUGAGUCCAAGAAGUUGGUGCACCGGGACCUGGCUGCCCGGAACAUCCUCAUCUCCGAGGAGAACGUGGCCAAAGUGAGCGACUUCGGCUUGGCCCGGGUCAACCCCAAGGGUGCAGAUGCCACAUUGCUCCCUGUGAAGUGGACAGCACCAGAGGCCCUGAAACACAACAGAUUCUCCUCCAAGUCGGAUGUGUGGAGCUACGGGAUCCUCCUGUGGGAAACCUUUUCCUUUGGACGGGCACCCUACCCCAAGCUGGCCCUGAAGGAGGUGACAGAGCUGCUGGAGCAGGGGUACCGCAUGGAUCCUCCCGAGGGCUGCCCACCCACCGUCUAUACCCUGAUGAAGAGCUGCUGGGAGUUGGAGCCAGGCAAGCGCCCGUCCUUCAAGAAACUCACAGAGAAGCUGCAGAAGGAGCUGAAGCACCUGAGGGACAUUUAACCCCCAUCCUGUUACCAAGACCCAGGACCUGAAGCCCCAAGACCCUCCAGGGUUGGGAGUGGUAGGGCAGUUGGGGCCAGGAACAGAAUGGCUUGUGGUGCUGCUCUCUCCCUGUGGAGAUGGGGCAGCAGCCUCCCUCCAUCCCAGCAUGGUCCUUCUACCCACCUCACAGCCCAGAGAAUGUUUCCAUGGGAUUGAUCUCCCCUGACCCACCAGAGUGGGGAGCCCAGACCCCAAGGGAGCCAUGCCCACACCCCCUGUGCUCAGCCCCAGGAGCAGAUGCUGCAUGUGGGGUCCCUUCAAGCUGCAACUCCCCGUGAUGAGAGACAGGACUGGAUAUUUCCAUCGGCGGAGGAUGAGACCCCACCCUGACUCAGCGCUGCCCCAGCACCCAGCCCCACACAGGGAUGCCAGCACAGCCAGCUAAACCCCAUGGAUUUGGACUUUUUGAUUAAACCAAAGAAACUAGUUCAACAGCAUCUUGAAGCCUCUGGGGUGAAAUUAGGCCUAUCUCUCACCUGGGGCCUGACAAAGCCCAGUGAAAGGCUUUGGGGGGGCCAGGAGCUCGGAGCCCCCCAUGUCAUCCAACCCCUUUCCCAUCGGGGCUCUGUGCAGCAGGGGAUUAUGCUUUAAUCAGAGGCUGUAUGGGAAUUGCUUUAGUAUAGAUUACAGGCACAGGGCACAUCCCCAGCAGUGGGCAGCCCCCGGCCCUGCAGGCUCCCAAGCAAUCUUGAGUCUUGGUGGACAAGGGAUUAGCGGGGGCAUGAGGCUGCCGUGCGGGUGGGUGUGCACCCACCACUGCCUCAUCUGCUGCCAGUCCUUUGGCCCUCAAUUGUGUUUUUUCAGCUAAUCCUCUUGUGUCUCCUCUGUGCUGACGUCCUGCACCUCCAAUACCCCAUAGUUCUGGGUGCCCACGGCAUGGGGCUCUCCCCAGGGCUUGCCCUGGACCCGUGGGUGC